AUGACAGGAUGUGAGUCGUCAUCAGUUGAUUCUGAGGAAACCUGGAGAUCUGGACCGGUUCUGGACUGGUUCUGGACCGGUUCUGGACCGGUUCUGGACCGGUUCUGCUCAGCUGACCCGUCGGAGCGACGGCUCAUUCUAAUCUUAAUCUUUGGUUCUGGAUCCAAACUCGAUGUAACCGAUGAUCCGGUAGUGAAGCCCAGGGUGAGCGUGUACCCAGCAGCAUCCAGCGCCCAGCGGGGCCCGAGGGCCUUCCUGCUGUGUCUGGCCUCAGACAUGUUUCCUCCUGAGGUCCAGUUCUCCUGGAAAAGACUGGAGGACGGUACAGAGAAGGAUCUGACCUCUGGAGAGCAGCUGGAGCUCAGAGAGCCGAACCGCACCGCCUCCCUCUUACUGGUGGAUCGGGAUCCUGUCAGCACAUCUAGAUACCGCUGCUCUGUGCAGCAUGAGGGGGGCCCAGUGGAGGCCCCAGCAACACAAGAGGUUCCUGCGUUGCUCCCAGUGUCCUUCCAGUCUCACUGCAGGGUGAAGCUGCUCUGCCUGCUCUACUCGCUGCUGAUAGUGAAGAGUCUGGUGUACUGCUGUGGCCUCUCUCUGCUGAUGGCCCUCAGGAACAAGGGCCCGGCCCCCAGCUGCAGGGUUUUCUGACUCCAGUGGCCUUUAUUCACAGCUGUGGUAAAGUAGCAGUAAAAUGUGCAGCUGGUGAAUGUCGGCCUCAGUUCUCGCCGCUGCCUGUUCAUCUCAGCUCCGUAUCUUUCUCUCUCUCUCAUAACUCACUUUCCUGUCAGAUCACUGCUGAUUUAUUGUUUUAAAGCUUCUUUACAUUUAAGUCAAACAUUAAGAGAAUUUUUUAUUCCAGUUUUUCAGAUUUACUAACAGGAUUUCCAUCCAGAUGAUGACUUGUUCCUGUCAGUCUGUGACGUUAUAAUUUUAUACAUUUAUUUAGAUCUCUGAUUAUUUUCUUUCUGCUUCAUAUUUGAUCCUUUGUUGUUAACAGUUUUGUCUUUAUUUCAUUGUAACUCAACUUUGUGUAAAAUCCCUGAUGUUUUUAUUAAAGAGCUGUUUGUGACUAAAUGACUUGAUUCACUGUUUGUUCUUAAAUUGUCCAUCAAACCAGGAGUUUCUGUCCCAACAUGUUUCAUCUCCCUGAGGCUGAUGAGCAACAAGCUGAGAACCAUCAGCUGGACUUUGA